CCAAUUUUGGCUUCUUCUUUCUCUCUCUAUCUCUCUGUCUCUCUCUUUCGCACGUAUUUGAACGUAUAUACAUAUAUAUAUGCUACAACCACCUGCAACCGUGCUAGGAGACAGCGCCAUUCCAAUACCUUCCUUCUGCCAGUGUUGUCAAGAAUCAACCCACCCGUACCAAUUCCCAUAUAUCACCGGAUUCCAUGUCCAUUUUCUAUCCUAUUUCAUAGCACAGACACCGACGAACAAGUUUCGAGAAGCGGAAAAGAUUAAGAAGAAGAGACAGAAACAGAGUGUGUGGGUCAGCCAAAGUGUGAAGUGUGAAGAAGAAUAA